ACAAAUUCCAAUGGUCACAAUCAUCGGUCGCGCAUUGAACAUCAAUGCUACUUGAGUCCAAUUAUGUCGUAUUUGUGAGUUUUUUGUAUCAUAUAUUGACUAUAUGGCCCGGGCCGUAUAACGCUCAGAGCGGUUCAACUUCUAGGAAAUGCCCACACGGUGAACAACACUCGCGUCAUCCAACAUAUUUCUGACUCGGCUAUGUCAGGUAUGGGCCUCGUCGUUCCAAUGAGGACCCCGUUCGCUCUGUUUGUCGACGCUCUGACGACCAAUUGUAGGGGCUCAGGCUCCUCACGGCGUGCGAUCGCCGUCUAGGUACCUCGUAAGGCUUCAUGCUUUGAUCGUGUAAUAUAAUGGCUGCCUUGCCCCAGCGUUUCUCUCGGUCAAUUCGAUCCCAGUUUCCCUUGUUAUGGCAUCUAGUCUGAGUUCAGUCAUUAUGCCUCGGACCUUGAUCGUAGCAUUGCUCACAUUGUUCAUUUCACUCGCUGCGGCCACUACAUCGUUUUCGACCACUGGACAGACCGUCAUACUAAACGAUAUCCAUUACUAUGUCCCAUCUGAUGUCGUUGGAAAGCUUUCUUGGCUAGGCAGAGCGCUACCACUUGGUCUAACACCAAUCACUGUCCUUCCGCCUGCAUCACACGUUUCUACUCAACAGGAACUUGCAGCAUUGGCAGCCAAAUGGGAGACUGAAGACGAUGUGUUUCAGAGCGGCUUCCUGGGAGCUUUAUAUCUCCAGGGUAAUAUGGCGCGCAACCACAGUCGUGUUGAUUAUGGACCAGGGGUCAUUGUAGUCCGCUCCUUGACAUUGAACACCACCACGAUACCCUGCGGCCCCUAUUUUGUCACGUCUACAGGAACCCUCCAUCAAGCGUACAAGCUGUACUCCGAUGUCCAAGGCGCUUUCACCGAAACAAGUUUCACAGGUCUUGAUGGAUCUCACUACGUUUUGCCAGCUAAUCUCCCUGGCCAGUCUCUGGCUGUGGCAGUUCCUUCCCGUCUAUACUUUGCCAAAACUAUCGAGAAACCAUUGGCCGGGCUCCGCCUUGGCGUGAAGGAUAUCUAUAAUAUCGCAGGCUUGAAGACCAGCAAUGGAAAUCGUGCCUGGUACCAUCUGUAUCCUGCGGCCAACAAGACUGCCCUUCCCGUGCAGAAUUUGAUUGAGGCUGGGGCAGUCGUUGUUGGAAAGAUGAAGACUAGCCAAUUUGCGAAUGGCGAGACGGCGACUGCGGACUGGGUCGACUAUCAUUCACCCUUCAACCCUCGUGGUGAUGGCUAUCAGGAUGGAUCAUCCUCAUCGACUGGACCUGGUGCUGGAGAAGGCGCUUACGAGUGGCUUGACUUUACGCUGGGAUCGGACACUGGAGGAUCAGUGCGAGGCCCAAGUGCUGCGCAAGGUCUCUUUGGAAACAGACCAACUUGGGGGCUUGUUGAACUUGAUAACACUAUGCCCUUGGCUCCGCAGCUAGAUACAGCUGGCUUGCUCACGAGGGAUCCGAAGAUCUGGUCGGCUGCCGCCAAGGCCCUGUACAAAGAAAACGUUACGUUCACAUCGUUGUAUCCAUCAAAUCUCUUGACAUUGGACUUUCCUCCGUCGAACAGUACCGACGACUAUAGUCUCACGUACCUUCGAUUCCUGAGCAAGCUUUCAAGAUUCUUAGGAGGCGCUCGAGUAUCUGCCUUCGACAUUGCCACAUCCUGGGCAGUCGAUAACCCCUCGUCUGCUCCACUCUCGGAGCUUCUGAAUACCACAUAUGCUCUGAUGAUAGCAAAAGAGCAAACACGUCUUGUACGGGAUCCUUUCUACGCCGAUUAUGCAAUAGGUCACGGCGGUCGUGAGCCUUUCGUUGACCCAGUACCCAUCAGCCGAUGGGGCUAUGGAGACACAUCGGCAGAGACCAUCGAGCAAGCCGUAGCGAACAAGACCACGUUCAUGGACUGGUUCAACAGUAGGGUUCUAGCACCAGACGCAGAGACAUGCUCGAAUUCACUUAUGCUAUAUCCGACUGGCGGGUCGACGACGUACAGGAACGAAUAUCGUGACCUUCCAGGAGUUCCUUUGGGUUUCGCGACCAGUCGAAUAUCUGUCAUGGCGGAGGUUCCAGACAUGGUUGUUCCCAUCGGACAAACCGCCUACAAUUCCACAAUCACUAAACACGUGGAGUAUUUGCCCUUGACGGUUGACUUCAUGGCUGCAAAAGGAUGCGAUGGCAUGAUCUUCUCCCUGGUUGAGGAACUCUUGGAUGCAGGCAUUGUUGACGUCUCUAAGGCCGGUAUGAGUAGUACGGAUGGUGGAGAUGUGCUGUAUAAGCGCUGGUAGAGGGUAAGUCUAGUUAACAGGCAUUUGUACGAAUCCUGAAUACAGUUCAUAUUUUGUGAAGCUUGCUAUGGUCGAGCCAUUUGAGAGGGCGACCCUUAUAAGUCUGCCAAGGCGCUAGAGUCCAAAAGAGGCAAGUACAAGUCACGUGGUGCUCCAACCUCGUCCCUAGACAGCAAUCCGCCACUUUUUUGCAUACCUAAAUCUCUUGUCACCAACGGCUGGAAUCUCGUCAGCGCCUGUUCACUCAUUGUAUUUUUGCAUCAACGGAACGGCAAUAGCAAAGCAUGGAGGAAGCUUUGGCGCUAUUCUGGUGUCUAUACGCCUCUGAUGUCAUUGUUUACAUCGGCUGGCAGAGCAUUUAUUACGAUAAAUUCAUGUUGUAUCCCAUUCCCCGUUUGCACAACCUUAACUUCAACUCAACUGGUUAACCAUAGAUAGUCUCAUACCCGGGGAAACGCUGGGCAAUCAUGGUGAUGCACUGAGGUGACCGCAUG